AUGUCUGACUCCAAUUCGUUUCCAUUUCUAAAACUACCAUUUCUGAUUAUUCAAAAUGUUGUACAUCACAUGAGUUGUACUGAAAUAACCGAACUCUCUCUGUGCUCCCGUAGAUCAAAGAGAAUCGUUCAAAGUGUCCGAUGUCCUGAGCCAGCUUAUAUUCAAAUCUACCUCCAUCGAAAGAAUAUGUCCAUUUUUAUCAUGAACAGAGAUCGCGCACAGUGCUCGUUUUGGACGGUUGCGAUAAGAGGGAAAAAGUACCUUUUUAAAUAUCGGGUCGAUACAAUUGGUGGUGUGGAUGUUAGAAUUGCGAAAAUUCACGAGUGCGGAUUUCAAAUUGAAGCUGUUGAAAACCCAGAAAAACCGAUGAAAUUAGUUGUAGAUCACUUGAAAGAUGUAUUCAAACUACCGGUUGAAGUGGUUCUCAUGCCGGAUAAAAUCAAAGAUUUUCUCAGAUUCAUUCCCAUUUUCCCCGUAUGCAAAACUCUUUUUUUAAACGGAGGUGAAGCGAUAACCAAAGAGGAAUUGGAAUAUAUUAAAGAUAAUGUUGUUGUUGAGAAGGUAUUUGUCUGUUCGAUUCCAAUAAAUUGA